CUGUUCAUUUCCGACAUGGUGACGUACAGGGCCAGCUGGGCGAACAGGUUUGUGGCGCGCAUGCGCAGUUUAACUCUUUCGUCCAGCAUGGCGCGGAAGCGAAGCAUUUCCCAGGUCCCCCAGUUUGUUUUGUUAAUAUCCGUAAUUUCUCUGCAUUUACUCGUGUGCCCUUUUACCAAAGUCGAGGAAAGCUUUAAUUUGCAAGCCAUUCAUGAUAUUCUUUAUCACAGAUUUGAUUUGGAAAAGUACGAUCAUCAUGAAUUCCCUGGUGUCGUUCCUCGCACCUUCAUUGGGCCGUUGUUCAUCUCUGCUCUCAGCACACCUAUGGCUGCUUUACUCUCCUACCUCGAGGCUUCAAAAUUUUACACACAGAUUAUCGUGCGUGGUGUUCUGGGAAUGUGCGUCUGCCUGAGUCUAUGGCACAUGCAGAAACAAGUGCGGAAACAUUUUGGCUCUCUGGUCUCCGGCCUUUUCUGUCUUAUGUGCACUUCGCAGUUCCAUCUGAUGUUUUACAGCACAAGGACUUUACCAAAUGUGUUUGCUCUGCCUAUAGUUUUGCUGGCAUUUACAUCCUGGAUGGCCCAAAGGCAUGGUCCGUUCAUCAUGCUUUCUGCUUUUGUUAUCAUCGUGUUCCGCUCAGAGCUCUGCCUCCUGUUUGGACUCAUGUUGCUGAUGUCGCUAUUCAGGAAGCUCAGUAUUAAAAAGUUGCUUUAUUAUGCUGUACCAGCUGGCAUUUUGUCACUGGGUUUCACAAUUGGUGUUGACUCUGUGUUUUGGAGGAAGCUGCUGUGGCCUGAAGGCUAUGUCCUUUGGUACAACACCAUCUUGAACAAAAGCUCCGACUGGGGAACCUCCCCUUUUCUCUGGUAUUUCUACUCUGCGAUUCCUCGUGCUCUUGGCGCCACUAUCGUCUUUGUCCCGUUUGGACUUUUGGACAAGCGGAUGCACAAGUUGCUGAUACCCGUCAUAGGCUUCAUCCUGCUGUACUCUUUCCUGCCACACAAGGAACUUCGCUUUAUUAUUUACACCUUCCCCAUCUUUAACUUAGUGGCUGCGCGUGGUAGUGCCUACAUUUUAAACAACUAUAAAAAGUCAUGGCUGUAUAAAAUCGGGUCUGUCGCUGUAAUUGUCCAUUUGGUGGCAAAUGGUGUUUACUCGACCGUUUCAUUAUACGUUUCACGCCACAACUACCCAGGAGGCAAAGCCAUGCAGGAACUGCACGCAUUAGUGCCGGUUAAUUCGGAUGUGAACUUGCACAUAGAUGUACUUGCUGCACAGACAGGCGUCUCACGCUUCUUGGAGUUGAAUAGCAAGUGGAGGUAUGACAAGAGAGAAGAUCUGACACCUACAGAUCCACUUAUGAAGACGUACUCGCAUGUACUGAUGGAGGCAAACACAACACUGAUAUCCCUACUUAGUGGUUCUCACAAACCCCUCAUCUUCAUCCAGGGUUAUGAACGCUUGCUGGUCAAAGCGUCACAGUUUCCUCCACUCAGCAUUAAAUUUAACAACAAGCUUGUCCUUCUCCAGACUCUGACACACUAUGAGCCUAGCUGAUGCAGAAGUUCAGGACUUUGUGUUCGUAAAAAAUCCGAGUAUGCUGGUACGAGUUAUCACUCAAAAAUGUACUAGAAUAACAAUCAUCUUUUUCUUCUCCAAUAAAAAACAGCAGCAGAGCUAAUCAGUGUAUGAAUCUGGAUCGACCGAGAGUUGCAUAGAUGUGUUUUGAUCUCUGAUAUUAACUGACACCCUCUGAAAUCUUUAUCAUCUUCUUUUAUUUUUACAUUAGUCAUGUUCUGGCGGGGGCUCGUGCUCCUUGCAUUUUCGACCUUAAAAUUGGUGUGCUAAACAGGAAAUGUUAAAUAUUAGAUGAGCACAUAUUACAUCACAUAUAAGAUGAGUGCAGUUUCCCUGAAAUUGUUAUGGAAGCACUGAAAUUUUAGCCAUAUUGUGGGAAAAGUAGGAUUCUAUGUUUUUGGUUAAAUAAAGAAAAAAUAGCAGCUAUAUGUUAACUAUUUACAGGUGACUACAAGGGACAUAUGACUGAUUUUGUAAAAGCACCAUACUAAAAAAAAUAUAUUUUAACCUUUUUUUCUGCUUUCACACAAGUCCACAUUUCCUUUCAAUGUUUGAUGUUUUUUCUUAUAGAUGGUUAAUGCCACAAAUUUCUCAAAUUAGAUUUUCUCUGCUAAAUAAACACAUGCGUGUUUUUUUAAUAAAGAGCAUCCUAGAGUGUUUUUAUCAA